CUAUUUGCCACUUCCCCCUUAUUACUAUUACUUUCAUAUUUUCAUCGAGACACAUCAUUUUUAUUUAUAGUUCAUAUAUUUAGCAGGUAUUUAACUCAAUAUUUACUUAUUUGUGCAAUUUUCACAUGACUUUCAACUAUUACAACUUUUUUGAGUUAGAAAAGAAAGGGUCCAUGAUGAUUGAACCAAUAACCUUUCUUGUUAGUACUUUUUUGUUAUUCUAAAAUUAUUAUCAACUUAUCUUAGUGAUAGCCAUAUUUAUAUAGUAUUACCACCAUGCAUAAUUUCAUUUAAAAUAUGGGGAAGCUAAAAACACAAACGGAAAAUAAAUAUUUUUGUUUCAACAAAUAUGUGAUCAUACAGAAUCUCUGGAUCACCGCCUUUUGAUGAAAUCCGGAAGAAAUUUUUAGACCAAAAAACAAACAAACUAUCCUUUCCUCGCCAUUGAGUUUUUUCAAACCUCCACGAUUCAAAAUACGAAGGAAAUUCAACCUUUAUCAUGGGUGUCAUUGAUUGCACAUAGAUCGACUGGCUGAAAUGUUUGCCGACCUACACCAAUAACCAGUUUCGAUCCGUCACGGAAGUGAUCGUCUCUGCCUUCGCCCACGCGCUGUCAUGGCUUCGCCCACGUCAGGUCUGGAAUAAAGCAAGAGUAACUUAUCCAAGUUUCAUUGUUUGAGAUGAUUCUGAGCAUGAGACUUGUUUAUUAAUCCUGAGGAUAGGCUUUUGGGUGUUCUUUUGAAAAAUGUCGGAGAUCUUCAGCUUCACGGCUUUCAGACAUAUAUCGCAAAUGCUCUUUGCGACAUUCUUCUUUCACAGUUCUGAGUUUCUUCUAGCAGUUUACUUCCACGGGAUUCACAAAGUAACUCUGAAUUCCCUUUUACUCAGCAUAGACUAUGUUAUGGCAAUGAUCUGCUCCCUGAUAGAGUACUUGAUUGAAGUUCAUUUCUUCCCGGAGAUGAAGGAACAGUGGGAAGUAAGCAACAUGGGUCUUGCCUUGGUAGUCGUUGGUGAAGUGAUACGGAAGUUGGCUAUAAUAACUGCUGGUAGGUCCUUCACUCAUCUAAUAAAGAAAUAUAUUGAUGAUGAUCAUGUAUUGAUCACUCAUGGGCUCUACAAGUAUGUCCGGCAUCCAAGUUACUGUGGCUUCUUUAUCUGGUCCGUUGGUACUCAAAUAAUGCUUUGCAAUCCGGUAUGUACGCUUGGAUUUGCACUAGUGGUUUGGCGUUUUUUCCAAAUUAGGAUACCAUAUGAGGAGUUUUUCUUGAGGCAGUAUUUUGGUUCUCAGUAUGAGGCGUAUGCUAGACGAACGGCUUCCGGUAUCCCAUUUGUAAAGUGAUGACCUUACCCUAUAUUUGGUGCUGAAUUCUUGCCAGUGCUCCAUAGUCCAUACAGUUUCAAUUUCAAUCAUGUUUCAUGUUUAGAUAGAGCAUGAUUGCUAAUAGCUGCGCUCUCUCAUUUUUGUUAGGCUUGUAGCUAUUGUUUCCUAAAAGCCAUUUUGGGGAAAGCAGCUUCAAACAUACUUUUUUGUGUUUGGCAUUCCAUAAAACAGGCACGAGAGCAUCUUUUCGGUCAAGAUCCGUAAGAUGGUACUUGUAUUUGGAUCCAAAUCCGACUCCUCUUAAAAUAGGUCUUUCUUGGUUUCUAAUUCAAUGUCGUUUUUUUUGUUUGGAUAUAACUGUAUGUUUUAUGUCGAUUGAAAUCUUUGGAUUGCAUUCAA